AUGGCUCAAUUCCGCUUCAUUAUGAUCGUCAUAUAUCCCACAGUUCUCCUUGACCUGAGAGUAAGAUAUCUGCGCAAGCAUGUCAUUGCUAUUUUUUUUUAUGUCCGUGGGGUGGCGCUCUUUCCCCGUCGUAUCUCUCUUGCGCCAUUUUCGUCAAACGGAAGAUCGGAAGUAAAGAAUUGUGCGGAGAUCUGUAGUAAAAGUAUAACAAAUAAAAUGAGACCUACUUCAGUUUAUGUUGGUGGUUUAAGUGAAGAUGUACAAAAAGAAGAUUUAGAAAGGGAGUUCGGAAAGUAUGGCACUCUUACUAAAGUUUGGGUCGCAAGAAAUCCACCUGGUUUUGCUUUCAUUGAAUUUGAAGAUGACCAAGAUGCUAACGAAGCAAUAAAAGAAUUGAAUGGUGCCACCAUAAAUGGCUCAGAAAUAAGAGUUGAUAUAUCUCGAGGACGCAGAGGAAGACGUGGUGGUGGUGGCGGUGGUGGAAGUUUCCGUGGUGGUAGAGAUGGGGGAUAUUCUAGAGGUGGACGAGGAGGCUAUGAUGGUGGCUUUAGACGUGGUGGUGGUGGAGGCGGUGGCGGAUAUAGAGGUGGCAGAGGUGGAUCCAGGUAUGGUGGAGAUCGUGGAUCCUAUGGAGAAAGGUCCUACAGCAGCGGAGGUGAUUAUAGAAGUUCUGGAGGUUACAGGAGUCGUUCCCCGAUGGGUCAAAGAAACGGCAGCAACUGGUAAGGGCUCACUGAUCAUCGAUAGCCAUUGCCUCUGAACUUCGACGCUCGUGUGGGAGCAAUUCGUCAUUGCCAGAUAUUUUGCUGUUUAUAGUCUUCAUUGAACAUAUGUGUCCAUUUUCAGUUUUUAAAUUUUCAAGUUUCAUCAGUUAAAUUUUCGUAUUCGUCUGUGAUGUAUUCAUGACACAAUAAAAUAUAAAACCAUGAAAA